AUGAAGUCUGUUACUUUCUUUGGUGCGCUUUUCAGUCUCGUCAGUGGAAGCGUUGGGUUACUUAGUGGCCGUCAGGGAAACGGUACGACAGCAUUAGAUGUUCGUUCAAUCAUCGGAACGUGGUAUAUGGUCGGAUUGGACCGAGAAAUAUUUCAAAGUGCCUACAAGGCUUCGCAGAUGUACAAUUACACUUGCGGAUGCCCUACAAUGGUGAUAAGCCAGAUCAGAAACACAGACUUUACGUUCAAGACAACAUGUGCUAUGCGUUGGACUCAGUAUCCCCAGUUCCAAUCGGUCAACAUGACCAGUGUCGCUGUUCUGCAACCUCUUUCCAAGAACGUUUCUAAUGAUUCACCCGUGUUCUCGUUCGAUAUGGUAGUUUCACCGCCGAUGCUUGAAGUCGCAUCCAACGUCCUCGAUGCAGUCCAGGCAGUUCCCAACCCGUUCCGCGAUUGGCUGAAGGCUAGCAAUACAAAUCGCAGCUGGAUCAUUCUUCCUAAUAUGUACCCUACUCAUGGAAAGAUGGAUAUGACACUUUUCUCAUCGGCCAAUAAUACCAGAUAUGAUUUAUUGUAUAUGGAUGCCAGCAACUACUCCCUCUACUAUAAUAACACGAACAACGAAGUAAACAGUAUGGAUAUGCGAGCUUUGCUUUCCAAGACGGUUAAUGUGAGCGACUCGGCCUUCAACACUACAACAGCCAAGCUUCGCAAGCAAACACCUCCUCGCGACAUCAUCAAAGUCAGCACUUCCUGUACUCCAGUUUGA